GAUUCCCCUAGCUUUCACGCCUGGGAUCUGCCAAGUAGAGAGAAAGUGUGUGUGUGUGUGUAUAGGUGCAAAGUUUGUCCAGCUUUAAUCCAGACUUGAAGCCCAGCCAAAGAGCAAGACGACCAAGAUUCACCGUGCAGCUGUGGGCCAAUUCCUAUUCACCUGUGAUCAUGGGCACCACCCAGGACUCUCGACGGCUGUGCUGUCCUGGCCUUCCGAAUGAGCCUCUCUGGGUCAACCUGCUCGAGCGUGCCACCACCAUCAGUCGACCCAUUCUUCGCGAUACCACCCUGGGUAUCCAUGUCAGCCUGACCCAACUCCUCGCUGAUGUCGUCCACAUGCGCCAAGUGCUUUGGGAUUCUCUGCCUUCCGCCCUCUUCGACGACCAGGCAAACGGGAUCAUCAAUGAAUCAUCCCCUUAUAUUGGGCUAUCAACAGCCCCAAACUAUGAGUUCUACGUUGCUUCCUUAGCCAUCCUCGCCGUUGGCGGGGCCAUCGUGCCGCUGCGCCCCGAAUUACCGGUCGCAGAAGAGCUCCAGGUCUUGAAGGACUGCAAAGCGGUCGCCAUUCUGACCGGGCCCCAACAGAUGUCGCAGUGCGGCGAGAUCAAGACACUUGCCGAACGCCAGGGGUACCGCCUCCAGAUCAUCCCGUUGGCCAUUCUAACGACCGGUGCCCUCGAUUCGAAUCCCGACUUCACCAUCGACGCCAGACAGACCAUACCACCAACCCGACCCAGCCUGGUCAUCCGCACAACAGGCACGACCGGCGGCCCCAAGAGCGUCGUGCACACCCGUCGGCUCUUCCACCGCGCCUUCCCGUCCAAGCCAGACGACCUGAUCCUCAUCCACGAGAACCUCGACUGGAUCAGCGGCAGCGUGUCCAUCAUGAUGCGCGUCCUCGGCGGCGCCGCUGGCGAGGUGCUGCCGACCAACCCGGGCCCCGCCGCCAUCUGGGAGCGCCUUCGCCGGGGCGGCGUCACCAGCUUGACGGAUCACUCGUGGUUCUGGGAGGGGUUGGCCCGGCACUUCCGGCUGCAUAUCGCGGUGCUGCCCGAUAAGGAGGAGAGGGAGGAGUAUGUUCGUGCCGCGAGAUCGCUCCGGUGGGCUUUCGUUGUUGGGACACCGCCUCCGCCAUCGUUGCUUGCGUUCUGGGAGGGGACAUUCGGUGCGAAGUUGCAGGUCGGUUAUGUCGCAACAGAGUUGGGAGCAGUGGCUCUAUCUACAUCGCCGACGGAGCCGUAUGUUGAGGGUUCCCUCGGAAGACCCCUCCCCGGAAUCACAGCCAAGUUGUCGCAGGGCGAUCAUGGCGAGUUGCUCGUCAAGACACCAUACAUGUUCUCCCACUACAUCGGAAACGAGGCCGCUACGAAGGCGGCGUUCGACCCCGAGGGUUAUUUCAAGACGGGAGAUGCCGCCCACCUGGAUGGUGACAAGUACGUCUUUGAUGGGAGGAUUGGAAGCGAUAUCCUGGACGUGGGCGCGCGGCAGAUCUCCCUCCUCCGCCUCGACCACAAGCUCACGGAGCUGCCGUACAUCUCGGAGGUAUAUACACUAUGCGUCCCGCCUGGAGGGCCAGGAACCGAGGGCGGCAACCAGCUGGGCGCCCUGGUGCGGUUCAAAGAUCCGUCGGUUUCCAAAUCCCGCUCCGACGCGGCAGAUCUGUACGCCGAUGAUUUCAGGGCCCAGCUCUUAGAAGCCCUACGUCCGGCCGAGAUUGCGGUGGCGAUCCGGGUUCUGCGUGAUGGGGAGGAAAUCCCGCGGACGUUCAAUAUGAAGCCGUUCCGGAGACUUGCGGUCAAGCAGUUCUUCCCGUCGCAGUUCCUUCCCCUUCAAGACAACGCUGCAGCAGCUUGUUGAGGAGAAAUGUAUUUAUUUCCUGGUCGUCUAGAGUACAUGCCGCACUAUUUCGCUUUGUUUUCUUGA